ACUUUCAUUUGUUUUUCUAUUUAAUAAUAAAUAUUUUGGUUUUUUUGUCUAUCUGAAAAUUAAUUCAAACGGAUUACUGAUUAAUUAAGAUAUUUUAAAAUGCAACACAAAUAAGAUUGUUUGUUUAGAGAAACAUGUGAAUUUUGUUUACUGUUUUUGUAUAAACAAAUUACGAAACUUUCUGGUUAAAUUAAUAACAUUAAUAAUUUUGGUAAGUACGAAACGUACGAAACAAGGAAACAGAUGCUAAUUGUUUAUUAUGAAUCCGAGAAAAAUAAUUUCGAGUACAAUGUCGAAGGAGACGGAAGUAAAGGAAAGUGAUGGAAGAGCUCUUAUUAAAUUAGCAGAUAGACCAACCUUUAUUUUGAAAACAAGAGAAGGAGAAAGCAGAGCUGUUUCUCCAAGUCAACGAAAUGGAAAUAAAAAAGAAUCGGAGAGUCAUGCUGGUUCUACACACAAGACACCAGAACCUCGUUCCAUCAUAUCAAUGUGUGUCGAAAUGACAAAUUGCAUAAAACUUGUCGAUGAAAAUAUGCAACUUUGUGAAGGACCUUUGGAUUUUUUGUGCGACCAACAAGAUUUCCUUGUGGUUGGCUGUCUGGGACCUCAGGGUGCAGGAAAAUCGACAAUUAUGUCACUUCUUGCUUCGAGUGAAAUAUCAGAUAUUUAUCCAGCGCAAAAUAUUUCUCAACAAGAAAGUGGAUCAAAUUGUACAAGUGGAAUAGAUUUUUACGUGACAAAAAAUCGAGUUAUUUAUUUGGACACACAACCAAUAUUAUCGAGUUCAAUAAUUGAUUACACAACAUUAUUCGAUCAGAAAAAGGGAACAACUGAUUUUGUCAACCCAGAAACAAAUUUAGAAUUACAAUCACUACAAUUUGCGGCAUUUUUGUUCUCCGUUUGUCACGUAAUUAUUUUCGUUCAAGACUGGUUUGUCGAUCCCAAUUUAGUAAGAUUUUUGCAAACGGCGGAAAUGUUGAAACCUGCGUCAACAACAAAUAUGGAUCAAGAUUAUGUGGAAUAUUAUCCUCAUAUUAUAUUUUUACACAAUAAGGCCGAAUUACAGGAUUUUAUUCCAAGUACUCUGGAAAUGAUGAAGGAAUUUUAUAACAAAGUUUUCGGUAAUUCGAGACUGCAAACUCACAGUGGUUUAGAUAUGAAUGCCGCGUCAAAAGAGGGUCAAUUGAAUUUUUUUCUUAUUCCGUCUAUAGGACAAGAGACUGAGACGACUUUUCAUGAAAAUGAGAAACAAUUAAUCGAGAAGUUACGUAGGAAAAUACACGGAGUGACUAGAAAUGCGAUGACAUUGACUGCAUUAACGGAGAAAAAUUGGUAUCAUUACGUGUCAAAAGUGAUAGAAGCUGUGAAGAAGAGUCACUUAUCAUCUGAAUACGGCAGACUAAUGCCUUAAUUAAUCCAGAAUUGUGGCGAUAAAAGUGAGACAUUAAAUUUGUAUCACAUUGUAUUUAUUUUUUAUUAUAAACUUAAAUUUGUCAUUGUA